CGGAUCACUUAUAUAGAUAUAUACAUAUAUAAAUAAAUAUAAAUAUUUCGUUAAAUUUUCGCGCAGUUUUGCAAAAAAAAAAAAAAUAAUAAUUUUUUUUUCGAAAAAUUAAUAAAGAAAAACAAAAAAAAUUUUUAAUAAAAAUAAAUAUUAAAAAAAAAAAAUACAAAUUUGUCAUAAUGCAAAAUUUUAAUUUUUCAUCAGUUAAGGUGUUUAUUAUACUAGUCUUGUGUUUAGUUUUAAAUGCAAAAAUUUGCCGGGCAUUUGGCGCUGGUUAUCUUUCAAUGAGAUUCGCCAUGGGGAAUCCCCGACCCUACAGAUCUGAAAAGCCAACCAAAGCGGAAGAAUUCAAUCGUACCGGUGUUCUACUUCCGGAAUAUCAAUUACCAGCAACACUGAAUCCCCACAACGUGUCUGAAUUCCUCUAUCUCAGUCCAAGCGAAGGGCCUCCUUUGACCUUGCUUGUCACUCCUUGCAGUGGGCCUAUAUCCUGGACAGUGAGUUAUGUUGACCCCCCUGAAGAAGAUCAACAAACCGAAGGGUCGAAAUUGGUGCAGACAAGAUGGCCAGUGAAAAAUUUAGUACAGAGUUCACCGCUGUUUACCUAUAAAGGCCCGGAAGCGCAGAAUUUUUCAAUUCCAAGAGUGCGAGCAGGUCUUUACCGGUUCAAGAUCAAAUCCCUCGAGUCCCCAUACCCAAAGAGUGAAUCUCCAAACACGGUUCUUCUCUUUGCAACAUCCAAUGCCCUGGAUCAUCUUCCAGGCUCGUUUGAGAACCUUAAAGGAAAACGCAAUUAUUCUCUUCGAUUCCAACAACGCAGAAGAAAACGUCGUCUCACGGUUUCUUGGAGCAAGAGCCAAGAUUCCCAUUUGUCGAGUUAUUGUUUAGUGGUAACAUCAGGAGUACAAUAUCACCCUUCCACUUUAUGUGCGGCGAAAAAUUUUUUACAAAAUCGUCCCCGUGUCACGAGAGGAAGUUCUUUUCAAGAACAGCAAUAUAGAGGUGUACCGGAAGGCUUGCAUUGCGUACGUCAAACGAAACUGACACUUCAUGGAAUGAAAUACAACACUAAUUACAACUUUACACUAUAUGUGGUCAAUAUGAGAAAUAAUGUAUCAAAUUUGGUCGCCUCGGAUAUGUUGAAAUUUCGCAAAACACCAACGCAAACUUUAUUCAAUGGACGAUACACGACUGUAGAUUUAAAAAAAAGUGACGGACUAAUUAAUUUUCAAUACGUGCCACAAGGAAAUACAACAACAAUGUUUCAUAUUUUGCCAUGUGGUGGUGGUAUCGUUACAGCAAAACUAAGAGCCAAUGGCAUUGUUCCUCAGGUCGCAGAAGUAAUUGGCCAUGCUGCAAUAAAAGCACCACCAUUACCACCAGGAAAACAAUAUACUUUGAGAGUUUCGGCAACUCCACACGAGAAAAUAUCUCUCAUCAAAGUUCUUGCGACAGAUGAAGGUUCAAUUUCAUAUCCAGAGUUGUCAUCAAAAAGUGUGCCAUGGGAAUUUCGAUCAAUGCGAAAAUGUCAUCAAGUGACAGUUGGCGUGGAACCAGCGGGAGCAGCGAAAUAUUGUGUUUUGGUACGCGAAGCACGUGGACCAAUUGGAAUAUCGAGUGUUACAUUUCCUGAUCAAUGUGGAUUACAACGUCGACGUCGACAAUCGGAAUAUACAUAUCAGGAAUGUGAGGAAAAAAAUAGUAUCUCAAAAGAAAGGGCAUUACCAUUUACUGUGAGAAAACUUGAACCAGGAAAGGAAUAUUUAGUUCAAAUCACAGCUGAACUUAAAGGGCAAUAUCUAUCAUAUCCUCUUCUUGGCGUCAGAACAAAACGCUCAUGUUUGCCUUGAAUAUGCAAACUUCAUUAUAUAUAAAUGCGAAACUGAGAGUUUCAAAAUUUUUUCUUUGUAAUUUAUAUUAUGAAUUAUAUAGAGGAGAGUGACCAACAAUGGGGGACACUUUAAUUUUCUAAAAAAAAUUAAUUAAAGAAACUCGACCAAAAUUUAAAUAUAAACCAUGUUUAUGACAACACACUAUCUCCAAAAAUUUUAGCCACAUUGAUUUGAUAUUUACAAAGAAAAUUGAAAAAAUCAAUUUUUCACAUUUUUUUAAUUACGCAGAGAAUAUAUAUCAGAAGUUCUCUGAACGUUCAAAUGAACAAAAAAUUUGUUUACUACUUUUUUUUAAUUUAAAAUUAAUUAUAAAAUAAUGCUUUUCAUUUCCAAAAAAUAAAUAAUUUAUUAAAUAUUUAAUGCAUUUUUUUUAUUUUUCAUUGAUGUAGUAAUUUUUAAUAAAAUUUAUUGAUCACAAAAAUUAUUUCGUUCAUUUGAUCAUUCAGAAUUUCAGGCACAUCGUAAAGAAAUUUUUUUCUAACCAAACAUGUGUACGUCGGCAUGAAAAGGGACAAAUUUUGUCGAUUACAAUAAGGAUUAUUUUUGCGUGAACAUUAAUGCAAAUAUCGCACUUAUGAAAGAAACUAAAGUGGUCCCUUUUCAUGCGGACAUGCACAUAUAUAUGUGGCAUUUUACGUGUAAUGUCCUGAGUUAAAAACUUGAUUUCUCGAAAAAAAGUGAAACUUGGGGAAAUUGUUGUCCUACCUGAUAGUAAAAUAUUCCCAAAAAAGUUUUUGACUUGCAAUAAAAAAAAUUUUGGCAAUUAUGUUUUUUGAUGGUUUUUUUAUGCUCUUUCCAAUCGUGAAUUUCGUUUUUUUAAAUUUUUUAAUUUUGACCUUGAUUUUCUAUAAUUAAACAUAAAUUUGCUAUUUUCACUAAAAUCGGUGUGUAUUUUUUUAAAAUAAAUAAUUGCAAACGAAAGCUGAGGU